CUUUCUCCUUACCACCAAGUUAUUCUUCCCGCACACGUGCAGCUGCCCGCGGCUGUGCCACUCAAUCAUGGCCUCCGAUACUCUCAAGGUCAACGGCACCCGGCCUAGCAAUGUUCGACACCCCACGGCUCCAGGCAUGAUGAUGAACGCCCAUUUCGCAAAUGUUGGGGAGGAUGCCGGCAAGGAGGCGUAUAGCCAUGGCGUCCAGGUCGUCGACGAGGACAAGGUCUUCAAUACAAAUGUCGGACAAUACCUCAACAUCGAGCACAUUAUUCCAGCUGGCUUCAACUACCAUCUUAUCGCCGUAUUCGGUUCGCAGUCCACGGGCAAGUCGACUCUGCUCAACGCCCUCUUCGGCACACAGUUCGGCGUCAUGUCAGAGCAGGAGCGCCGCCAGACAACGAAGGGGAUAUGGAUGAGCAAGAAUAAGCGCGAAGCGGGCGGCUCGGGCAUGGCGGAAAACAUUCUGGUCAUGGAUGUGGAAGGCACAGACGGUCGUGAGCGAGGAGAGGACCAGGACUUUGAGCGCAAGAGUGCCCUCUUUGCGCUUGCGACAAGUGAGGUUCUGAUCGUCAACAUCUGGGAGCACCAGGUCGGACUGUACCAGGGGGCGAACAUGGGUCUCUUGAAGACCGUCUUCGAGGUCAACUUGCAGUUGUUCGUCAAGGACAGCAAGACCAUUCCCAAAUCCCUCCUGUUCUUCGUCAUUCGUGACCACCUUGGCACAACACCCCUGAAGAAUCUCCAGAAUACCCUAAUUCAAGACCUCUCGAAAUUGUGGUCCGCCAUAUCGAAGCCCGCCGGCCUCGAGAACUCGCGCAUCGAGGACUACUUCGACUUCGCAUUCGUCGCUUUACCCCACAAAAUCCUCCAGCCAGAGAAGUUUGAUGAAGCAGUCAACAAGCUGAGCCUCCGCUUCCGGGAAGGGUACAACGACCCGAAGAAGAGCGGCCUUCUCGAUGAGGCAGAGCUGCCUAUCUUCCUUCCCCAAUACCAUCGCCGAAUCCCCGCAGACGGCUUCCCCGCAUACGCCGAGGGCAUCUGGGAUCAGAUUGUGCAUAACAAAGAUCUUGAUCUGCCCACACAACAAGAGCUUCUUGCUCAGUUCAGGUGCGAUGAGAUUGCGAGAGAGGUUCUUGUGGUUUUCGACGAGAAGAUCACGCCACUCGAGGAUAGGCAGGCGGACGAUGCCAGGAUAGGACAACCCUCGAUCAUCCCGGAUCUUGGACCUAUUAUGAAUGCUGCAAGGACUCUAGUCUUCAAAGACUUCGACACAAACGCAAGUCGCUACCACAAGGGCGUCUACAAGAGGAAGUUGGCGGAAUUGGAGGGCAAGGUCGACACACGCUUGAAGGCACUCAGCCAGAAGCAGAUCAGUGCCGCACACAAAUCGGGUAUCGACGAGUUCAGCAACGCUGUUGCCACAUCGGUAAAGCUUGGACAGAAGAAGGGUGGCUCAUACGACUUUGCGCAAAUCGUGGACUCGGAGAAGAAGAAGGCCCUGGCCAAAUUUGAGGAUGACGCGAAAGCGAUCGCCAUUGAAGGCGCGUCCUGGAGCGAUGCCACACAUCAGCUUGUUCUGUACCGCAAAGAGCUGGACGAGGUGUCAGGGCGUCUGCGCAAAGAGGAGAUGAGGCGGCUGGCCACACGGAUAGAACGCUGGGUAAGGACUCGCUUGGACGAGUCCAUCGGUCUCGAAUUCAACAAACUCGGCUCUGGACGAGGUGGAUCCGGCGCCCCCGAACACGGCGAAAAGCCAGCCACCGAAAAGGACCUCUGGGACCGUGUAUGGGCUAUCUUCACAGACACAGUGUCGAGCGCCGAGAAGCGCUUCACAGACCGCGCACAAAGCUUCGACGCUAGCCCCGAGGAGGUUGACGUUGGUCUGUGGAGGCUGCGACGCAAGUCCUGGGGUGUUCUUCGUGCGAAGAUCGACGAGGAGGUCAUGGAGGGCAACAUCCUGCUGAAGUUGAGGGAGAACUUCGAAGACAAGUUCCGAUACGACGAGCAGGGCGUCCCGAGAAUAUGGCGGCCCACCGACGAUAUCGAGGGCAUCUACACCAAGGCCCGCGAGUCGACAAUAACGGUCAUUCCGCUGCUUGCGCGCUUCAAGCUCUCUAAGACGUCGUCACCACCGCCCCUCGAUGCCUGGAUCGGCGAAGCGCCUGCCUCCGUGUCCCCAGCCGACGAGGAAGACCUGGCCCCUAUCGGCGGCCUCGACGAUGACGAAGGCAAGACCCUAGACGACGAGAUGGUAAUCCUCUCCGACACAAAGCAAUCCGACCUCCUCGUGCGCUUCAAGAAGACCGCCGACGGCGUCUACGUCGAAGCUAAACGCAGCGCCAUCGGCGGCAUGACCCAAGUCCCCCUCUACUUCUACGGGCUACUGCUCGCCCUCGGCUGGAACGAGAUCAUCGCCGUCCUCCGCAACCCCGUCUACUUCAUCUUCCUCAUCCUCGCCGCCAUCGGCGCCUACGUAACCUACACGCUCAACCUGUGGGGCCCCAUGGCCAGCAUGGCCAACGCCGCGUCCGCCCAGGCCCUCGACAUCGGCAAGGAGCGGCUGCGCGAGUUCCUGGAGACGAGUGAAUCGGGCCGCCGCGCGAUGGCGCAGAGCGGGCUCGACAACGGGAACGGGCGUGCGCGCGACGUGAGGAUGGAUGCGCUGGAUGCGAAUGGGAAGAAGCAGGAGGAAGAGGAUUUGGAUGAUAUCUGAGAGUUGAGCGUGGGAGCUGGGUGAGGGGUGCGGUGGGGUUGGGGGUGUUUGGGUACGUGUAUGUUAUUCACGGAGCGGGGUUGGUAUUACUAGAUUCCUAGAUGGGGGCCAAGGCCGCGUAAUCAAAAGUUUGCACAUUGCUGCGCCGUCUUGCGUGAGACUGGGCUGGGGAGCAUAUGACAUGGUUGAACAGUGGAAGUCGUCGUUGCAAGCCUUCGUUGGGGCGAGUGGUACGCGUAAAGAAGCAACUGUGGGUAUUACUGUGCGGCAGUUGUCAAAAGAUUGUUAACGACUGAGUCAGCUAUAGUUUAGAAACCAAGGUGUGCGUGAAAGAAGAAAA